CUCCAUUUUUUUCUACUCUUCCCGCCAUUUUCUCUCUCGAAAUCGAAUGUCAUCAUAAUAAUAAUCCCUAAUUACCAAUCUAUGUAUCUUAUUCUCUCAUCUCACCACGGACAAAGAACAAAACAACAGAAACAAAACCCAAAACCCAGAAACCAUUUGCAAGAAGCAGCAGUUGCAGAUGGGUAUUAAGGAUCUUCUCAGAUUCCUAAAACCCCACAUUGAACCCAUUAACAUCAAGAAAUAUGCCGGCAAGCGUGUGGGCAUUGAUGCAUAUUCGUGGCUGCACAAAGGAGCAUAUUCAUGUAGCAUGGAGCUUUGCUUGAACUUAGUUGGCGACAAGAAAACCCAGUUUUUGAGCUAUUUCAUGCACAGAAUCAAUCUUCUUCGUUUCCAUAAAAUAAUCCCAGUAGUUGUGUUUGAUGGUGGAAGUAUUCCUUGUAAGGCUGCCACUGAAAAUGAUAGAUACAGGAGAAGGAAAGCUAAUAGAGAAUUGGCAAUGACCAAGCUCAAGGAGGGGGAUGUUAACUCUGCAAGUGAACUUUUCCAGAGAGCAGUGAGCAUUACUCCAGCUAUGGCGCAUCAACUGAUUCAGGUUUUGAGAUCAGAGAACAUUGAAUAUGUGGUGGCUCCAUAUGAGGCUGAUGCACAGCUAGCUUACCUGGCCAGCCUUGACAGUGAAAAAGGUGGAGUUGUGGCAGUGAUUACAGAAGAUAGUGAUCUAAUAGCAUAUAGUUGCCCAUCCAUUAUGUUUAAAAUGGACCGAUAUGGAAAUGGUGAAGAACUGUUGUUGAAGAAGAUUUUUGAUUCUGCAGCUAAGAAACCGUCCUUCAAACACUUUGAUAAAGAAUUGUUCAUAGGUAUGUGUGUCUUAGCUGGAUGUGAUUUCCUUCCAUCUGUUCCUGGCAUUGGAAUUGCCAAGGCGUAUUCCCUGGUUUCCAAGUACCGGAACCUAGAACGUGUUUUAUCAGUUUUGAAGAUUGAGAAGGGCAGUCAAAUGCCAGAAGAUUACUCAAAAUCCUUUAGAGAAGCUGUUGCGGUUUUCCAGCAUGCUAGAAUAUAUGAUGCUGACACCAAAAUGCUCAAGCACUUGAAACCUCUUACAGAAGAUCUUCUGUUGCUUGAUGGAGAACUUGAUUUCCUGGGACCAGAGAUUCCACCAUCAGUAGCUAGUGCAAUUGCCAAAGGAAAUGUAGAUCCUACAAACAUGGUGGCCUUUGAUUGUUCUCCAACUUCCGUCUACCAUGCAGACCCUGCCAUCAAUCAACCCUCCGGUAGAAUGGAGGAGCCGGAAACUGCUGUUCUAUCAUUAUCCAGACGAGAGAGCCCUUCUCUGGUAUUUUCUUCAGAUAAAACCAGUGAAAAGGAUGCAAUUGGUACAGAGAGGGGGCAGGAUCCAGUUUCAACUGGAAGGAAGCAUUUCAAUGAUGCUGGUCUUGAGAGAUUAAUUUUGUCAGCAAAAGUUAAGGAAACAAAAGAAAGUGCAACAGUUUUUUAUGACACUCCAUUGAAUAUUCCCAACAACAACCCCUUCAAGAAAAGAAAGCUUGAUGAACUUGAUAUUACUGGGAUAAAAGACGUUUCAGAACAAACUUCAGACAAGAACAAUAAUGAGCAGUUUGAGAUCUUAUGCGUUUCUCCUGAUGAGGCUCAGUUGAGCAAAAGAAAACAAAAUGAAAUCAGCUUCAGCCAGGGAGAGAGUUUUAGUGAACAAAUUUCUUUGGUGACUGAGGUAGAAAGCUCAGAAGUCUUGUGCUUUAACACAGAAUCCCAAGAAAGUGUCAAUUCUAAGCCUAAAAGGGUAAGUAAUGGAAGUGGAAGAGGUAAGAAAGGGUUGAAGAAAGAUAAUAUCAAGAGUUCUCAGACUAAGAACACUAUCUUGAAUUUCUUUUCUCGUGUAUGAUUAUUUAUUAUUCUAAUUUAAA